AUGUAUUUUCUUCCCAGAGCGAAAUUCAGCCGCGUCGCGGCCGUGCGAUGCGGUCUCCCACCGACAACACCAGACAUUGAUUCCUCAUCUCAUUUGCACCCUCUCUCCUUUGCCAAGAUGACGUCUCCGUUCCCUCUUUUACGUCUUCCAAGACUUGCACUGAUUCCUGUUUUCCAAUACACGGAGUCAAUAGAUGUAAUUGCCGUCUCGCUACUUUCCAAAAAAGCCUAUAAUGUGUCAAAAAUCUUUCGCAAAUUUCGCGAUUACCUUUAUAUCACAGUCGACUUGAGAAAUGAAAAAUCAGUGACCCAUUGUUUCUACAUGGAGGGAAUUACGGACCAUGUAAUGACUCGAAACAGAAGGUUCACUCACGAAAACACCGGAUUAACAGCAUCUCAAUGGUUGGAGCGGAUUCUAGAUGUGACAAAUUGUGAAUCGCUUGAAGAACUGUAUCUCUGCGAAUCUCCACAGCUAGAAGUGUGCAAUACUUUCGCUCUACUAACAAAAGUUCGUAAUUUAAACAUCAGGAAGGAGUGUUCCGAUAGCUUUGCAAAAAAAGCUCUGGAAAUUGUCUCACCAGUUACCAGGGAAAUCAUAUUGUUCAAAAUUCCGUUUGAGACCAGAGAAGAAUUUCAGACAUUUCUGAAGAGCAAUUUAAACUAUUUGAGUAGUCAACCCAGCACUUUCUCUAAAUUCAAGUUCACUCUUGAUGACGUACUGUUCACGAAUGCGCUCAAACUAAAUCUUACUCACGCAAAGUUAAAUCUCAAAGAACUCAAUCUAUUCUUCAAAAAUUGGAUGAGAAAGAAAAGUGAUUCAAGACUGGAGCACUUGAUAGUGUGUACAUCCGAAAAAGUCAAUGUAAGGAAUCUUCUGGGAGGACUGAAGGCUGUUCAAUUUCCUAGAGACCAAAAUAGAGCCUUCCACUACUCAAUACCACUGGACUGUUUAUCGGUAUUGCUUUUUGGAGGAUAUGAUAUAAUAAGGAAAGCGGAUGGAAAGAAAGCCACAAUUUUAUUCAUAGACGUUGGGGGGCAGUGGUCGACAGCCCUCCAUUUCCUUGUUUGGCAGUCGCUCUGUUCUAAAUAA